AAGAUGAGGCUUCUUCUCAGCGCCGCGAUCCUGCUGGGCUGCCUCCAGAGCAGCCGGUCCCAGGGAGGAGAGGGCGGGGAGCAGAGAGGCAGAGCAGAGGGGCCAGGCUGGAUCCACUCCCUGCUGGCGCUGCGGCGAGGUGGAGCGGACGGGCCCCGGAUCCGGGCCCCCAGGUCUGUGGAGGAGUGCCGGCUGCAGACCCUGCUGCUGCAGGUUCGAGAGCUGGGCCUGGGCUACGACUCGGAGGAGACGGUCCUGUUCAAGUACUGCAGUGGGGGCUGCCCUCGAACCCGCACCAACCACGACCUGGCCCUGUCUGUGCUGCUGCAGCGCCGUGCCGUCCACGCCCACCACAGCGCCCCCUGCUGCCGGCCCACGCGCCACGAGGACGUGGCCUUCCUCGACUCUGCAUACCAGUGGCACAAAGUGGAGCAGCUGUCUGCCGCAGAGUGUGGCUGCGUGGGCUAAAGCAGGAGGACAGGACCACGGGGGAGAGGGGAGGAGGGGAGGAGGAGGCUGCCCCCCCCACACAGCAAGCGUGCACAGGGGACCCCGACAUGCUGUCUCCCUCCUUCUCUCUCUCUAUAUAUAUAUUUUUAAAAAAAGUUUCAACUAAAAAAGCUCAAAUUGUUAGUUGUUGAAUUUCUUCAGUUUUUUUUUUGGAUAACAGUGGGUGCGUGGGCUAAGCACAGGGCAGGACUUGGGGGGAGCAGGGAGACUGUCUGCCACCCAGCGAGGGAGCAUGAAGGGCGUGCUGAAACCUUAAGAUGCUUUCUUUCUCCCUCUCUCUCUCUCCUCUCCUCUAUCCCUCUCUCCUCUCCUCUCUCUCAGAUGGCUGGGAGUGUCAGAAGCCCUCCUAACUUCUUGUGAGAGAGAGAGAGAGAGAGACAGGGAGCUCCUUCACACAGACAUUUCAGAAAUGCUUUGAUCUCUCUGUCUCUCUCUCUCUCACACAGCUGUGUGUGUUUGUUCAAAAAAAAAAAAACAAGACAAAAUUCUUUAUUUAUGGACUUCUAAAUUAUUUAUUUAUUUGGAAAUUACUUGUUGAUGCUACUUAUUUUACUGAUCUCUGUUGUAAUUUAUUGUGCUUUAUUUUUUGUUUCUAUUUAAAAUUCCUGUUUUUUUCUGAAUAAACUAAAAGAAAUAUAUCAAG